AUGGCGCGACGACGCGCAACGACGCUGCCGCUGCAGCGGCUCUUGAGUGUUGGCCUUGGUGGCAUUGCCCUUGGCGCCGCCGGGACACUGGCCGCCGUCGAGUUUCUCCUUCUGGACGACGAUGCCCGUCCCGACCAGACAGCCGACAGUAUCGACUCGGUGGCGCCCGUGCAUGAAGCCGUGCGCUUUGGCGCGCCAUCACUCCAAAACGUCAAGGUCCGCGAAGGCUACGUCUUGAGCUACGAUCGCCGGCUCCGCAACCCGUCGUGGGUCGCCGAGUACAUAACAAAGGCAUCGCUUGAGAAGAGCCCGGACGUGAACCGCGUCAAGGCGUCGUUCAAGGGCGACCCGUCGACGCCACCGCCGUUCCGAGUGACGCCCUCCGAGUACCAGAACAGCGGCUACGACCGUGGGCACUUGGCGCCAGCACGUGAUAUGUCGGCAUCCCAAGUCGCAGUGAACGAGAGCUUUCUCAUGACCAACAUUUCGCCGCAGGUCGGCAAGUUCAACCGCGGGUACUGGUCGCGCGUGGAAGGCUUUGUGCGGCACUUGGCCAACCAGUACGAUGGCGUUUACGUCAUCAGCGGUCCCCUCUUCUUGCCGACGAAGGACAAAAAAGGUGACGGGUACCGCGUCUCGUACCCGAUUCUGGGCACGCCUUUGAACGGCGUCGCCGUGCCAACGCACUUUUUCAAGGUGGUCUUGGUUGCGACCAAGUCGUCCACGAGCGACAAGGCCAAGUACUUGACCGCGGGCUUUGUGUUGCCCAACGAAGCCAUUGCGGAUAAGACGCCGCUGCGCUCGUUCCUCAUGCCGCUCGACAUGAUUGAGCGCUACGCGGGACUCCUCUUCUUUGAAAAGAUGGACAAGGCAGCGCUCUUGCCUCUCUGCGACAACACCACGUGCGAACUCAAGGCGCACGAGUUCCAGCGCGUCAAGGCCAUUUCUGCGUGA